AUGGACUCCAAGGUCACUGACGGUCAAUCGCCACCUCGGCCAACAAUCGAUGUUGAGGUGGAGAGCGCUGCGAUCGCCGCUCAAGUUUUAGAGACAGGAUCUGAUGAAAAGAACGGCGUCAUUGAACAUGCAGAGCAAGAUGAAAGUAUUUCAUCGCAAGCCAAGAAAGUGCCUGAAGCGGGCAUGAAGAAUUACUUCCGAGUCUUCUCCCAUGGAACUACUCUCGAUUACUGGCUCAUUUUCAUGUGCUGUGUUACCUCGAUAGCCUCCGGCGUUACGUUUCCUCUGAUGAACGUCGUCUUCGGUCAAUUAGUCGGAUCUUUCACCAAUUACUUCAUCCCGGGAACGACCAUGACAGCCGGGGAGUUUCAAGCCGAAAUCAACAGGCUUACCCUGUUUCUUGUCUACCUCUUCAUCGCGAAGUUUGUGUUGUCUUAUAUAUCAAUGCUUACCAUCCGAAUCAGCGGCCUGAGGAUCUCUGCUGCAUUGCGUCAAGCAUAUCUACGAGCCUUGUUCGCACAGCCAAUCAGUGUCAUAGACACGAUAAGUCCCGGCAAGGUGUCCACGCGAAUUACCACCUCUUCCAACACGGUCCAACUCGCAAUAUCACAGCACAUUGCCAUGCUCUUCCAGGUUCUUGCGUUCGUGAUCGGAGCGUAUGUGGUGGCUUUCAUCAAAGGCCCACUGCUUACUGUAGUCGCAUCUGCUUCGCUUCCGUUCAUCCUCGUCGUGUUUGGUAUCAUAGUACCACCUUUCAUCCGAAUCCACAAAGUUACCGAGAAGCAUCAUGAAGAUGCUUCUGCUAUGGCUUUUGAGAUGUUCUCAUCUAUUCGCAUUGUCGCCGCAUUUGGUGCAGAGGCGAAAUUGGCGAGGUUGCACGAGGCCUUGUUGGACAAAGCUGCGACUAACGAGGCCAGAGCUGCACCUCUCAUGGGUCUCGUGAUGUCACCCAUGAUGAUUGGACAGUAUGGCACCUUUGCGAUUGCGUUUUGGUUCGGCAUCAAACAGUACUCGGAAGGCAGGAACAUCGACGUUGGAACGAUAGUGGUGGUUCUAUUCUCUGUCAUGAUGGCAAUAACGAACGUCGGUAGGGUUGUGGCCCCGAUCAUGGCCAUUGCGAAGGCAUCUUCUGCCGCUACCGAAUUAUUCAUCACGAUCGAUGCAGCCGUUCCCGAUACCACUGGAUUGAAAGAGCCGGAUGUUACCGCCAACGCAAACAUCAGCUUUCAGAACGUCGCCUUCUCAUACCCAAGUCGACCAAAUGUUCCGAUCCUUGGAGGUCUUGACCUCGAGUUUGAGGCAGGCAAAGUUACCGCUAUUGUUGGUCCGUCUGGGAGUGGAAAGUCUACUAUCGUGGGGUUGUUGCAGAGAUGGUACGAGCUCUCGGGCACAAUAGCUACGGCCACCUCUGACGAUCACGCGGCCGACCCAUCGCCUCACGAGGACGCGCUUGACAACGAGAAGGACAGCCCACAAAAGUCUCGAUGGUUCAAGAAGAAAGCUGUGCCGAAGGACGGAGACAAACAAGCAUCUGCAGAGAAAGCUGGAGAUGGCAAGAGCAAGGACGAGGAGCCUGAUCUGGGCCCGAACACUUGCACUGGUGCUAUUCGGAUCGGAGAUACCAACCUACGAGAUGUCGACUUAAAAUGGUGGCGCUCUCAGAUUGGUCUAGUACAGCAAGAGCCCUUCCUGUUCAACGACACCCUGUACAACAACAUUGCGUUCGGUCUUAUUGGUACUCAGUACGAAGACUUGCCCAAAGAAGAGAAGAAGACAAUGAUCGAUGAGGCAUGUCGCGAAGCCUAUGCCGAAGAGUUCAUCGCCAAACUUCCUGAAGGUUACGAGACUCUGGUAGGCGAGAGUGGUAUCAAGCUUUCCGGUGGACAGCGACAACGAGUUGCGAUCGCGCGGAGCAUCAUCAAACAACCACCUAUAUUGAUUCUCGACGAGGCUACGAGUGCUAUCGAUGUACGCACCGAACGCAUUGUUCAACAGGCUCUCGAUCGCGUAUCGAAGAAUCGGACGACUAUCGUCAUCGCGCACCGUCUUUCUACCAUCAGGCGUGCGGACAAGAUCGUAGUCUUACGUCAAGGCGCUCUCGUGGAACAAGGUACUCAUGAUGAGCUGUUGAAGCUAGAAGCUGGUGUCUACUACAACUUGGUCCAUGCCCAAGAGAUCGCAGCGGAAGCGGAACAGGACGCUGAUGCUAGCCCGCUCGAAAAGGUGAAGAGCGCAGACACUGCAAUAGUCGAAGACUACAAGCAGAGCACCGGUGUCUCCAAAGUAGCCGAAGAUCCAGAGUACAAACAGCAGGGUCUCUUUGGCAGCUUCGGGCGUCUUCUCUACGAACAACGGGGACAUUGGAUCUUAUACAGUGUCGCUAUUGUGGGUAUACUGGCUACCGGUGUCGUCUUCCCACUCCAGGCCUACAUUUUCGCACAUGUCGUCAAUGUUUUCACCCUUCCCAUGAACGAACUCGUCAGCCAAGGUAACUUCUGGGCAGGCAUGUUCGGUGUUCUAGCUGCGAGUACCUUUCUAUCCUACUUUUUUAUGGGCUUGGCCUGUCACCUCAUCUCUGUCGCCGUAACAAGGACCUAUCGCCAAGAAUACCUGGACAACCUCAUCCGCAAACGCAUUGCCUUCUUCGACGAUCAAGGACAUAGCCCAGGAUCUCUAACAUCAACGCUGAGCUCAGACUCGACACAGAUCCAGCAGCUGAUGGCAACGGAGAUGUCCAUUGCGCUCGUUGCUAUAGUCAACGUAGUGGGCUCCGUAAUCAUCUCUUUCAUCUACGGAUGGAAACUGUCGCUUGUUGCCCUGUUUUCCGCGCUACCACUCAUCUUGGCUGCUGGAUAUCUACGUGUGCGCCUCGAACUCGAGUUUGAAAAGACCAACGCAAAGGUUUUUGAGGACAGCAGCCAGUUUGCUUCAGAAGCUGUCGGUGCUUUCCGCACAGUGUCGAGUCUUAUCAUGGAAGAUAUGAUCGGUCAGCGCUACGAGACCUUGCUGAAGGGUCACGUCACAAAAGCCUUUUCAAGCGCCAAGUAUGGCACUCUUGUUUUUGCGGCAAGUGACAGCAUCGAAUUGGCUUGCAUGGCUCUUACCUUCUGGUACGGUGGUACUCUCCUGGCUUCCCGCGAGUACAGCCCUGUCAACUUUUUCGUCAUCUACCAAGCUAUUGUGCAAGGCGCCAUUGCAGCAGGACAGUUCUUCUCGUAUGCCCCCAAUAUGGCCCAAGCGACCGGCGCCGCAAACCGCAUUCUCAGUAUGCGUCCAACAAAGACCACUACAACAGCCACAUACCCGCCUUUGAACAAACCAGAAGAAGGCGUUGGCAUCGAGUUCCAGAAUGUGUCUUUCGCCUACAAAACCCGCGAAGCGCCCGUUCUAUCCAACCUCGACAUCCAAGUUAAGCCAGGCCAGUUCGCCGCACUGGUCGGUGCUUCCGGCUGCGGCAAAUCUACCACGAUAUCCCUCCUCGAGCGCUUCUACGACGCAACAUCCGGCCGCAUUCUCUACAACGGACAAGACAUCACGACUCUUGAUCCCGCAGAGUACCGCAAGCAGAUCAGUCUCGUCAGCCAAGAGCCCACGCUGUACGAAGGCACGAUACGCGAAAACGCCGCUUUAUCCGUCGACACCGCCACGGAUGAAGACAUCGAACAAGCAUGUCGUGACGCCCAGAUCCACGACUUCAUCACAUCCCUGCCCGACGGAUAUGCCCAGCGCCUGGGACCGAAGGGCAUGUCGCUGUCUGGUGGUCAGAAACAACGUCUCAGUCUUGCUCGCGCCUUACUGCGGAAACCAAAACUGCUCUUACUGGACGAGGCGACGUCGUCUCUCGAUUCUGAAUCUGAGAAGUUGGUGCAGGAUGCUAUUGAGCGUGCUGCUGGCGAGGGCGGAAGAACUGUGAUUGCAGUCGCGCAUCGACUUGCUACGAUUCAGAAGGCGGACGUCAUCUUUGUUCUGGGUAGUGGCAUGGUGUUGGAGAGGGGUGAUCACCAGGGGCUGUUGAGGAAACGGGGUGUUUACUGGCAGAUGUGCCAGGCUCAAGCUUUGGACCGGUAG